AUCAGCUUGAGCCGUGCGGACGCAAAUUUUCCCGUGAUCCUCGCUGCACCAGGUACAACGCCCGCCCGACACUGUCUGUACGGUGUGUUUAAGUCAUCGAUCGGCCACUGUAAACGCGUAGUGUUUGUUAUACGAUUACGCAACAGGACGUAGGACAGGAGCCAGCAUGGAUCUCCGAGCGAACGAAGAGACGGGCCACAACAACGAGCUGUCGAUGACGGAGGAGCGUAAGAUAACGUCCACGCCGGUGAUGGAAUUCUACCGCGACAAGUGCGUCCUGAUUACCGGCGGUACCGGCUUCAUCGGACGGCUAUUGAUCGAGAAGCUGCUCAGAAUUAACGUGCGACAGAUUAUCCUGCUAUCGCGGCCCAAGAAAGGGAAAACGGCCCAGCAGCGUUGCGACGAUCUGUUCAGCAGCAUCGUGUUUAUGAACCUGAAGAAAGACUGCCCCACGUUCAUCGAGCGCGUCAAGCUGGUCGAUGCCGAUCUGCAGCAUCCUUCGCUCGGUCUGUCGGACGAAUCGAUCGAGUACAUCGUGAACAAUGCGCAGAUUGUGCUGCACGCCGCCUCGGACGUCCGGUUCGAUCAGGCGCUCAAGAAGGCGAUCGAGGUGAACGUGCGGGGUACGCGCGAUCUGCUGCGCAUCACGGAAAAGAUCGUCAACCUGGAGCUGUUUGUGUACAUCUCCACCGCGUACUCGAACUGUCCGCAGGGUUUGAUCAAGGAGCAGUUCUACACGCCACCGUCCGAGCCGGAAAAGAUGAUCCAGCUCGUGGAAGCGAUGGACGAACGGUUCGAGGAGCACAUGAACAAAACGGUGAACGAUUUCAUACAUCCCUGGCCGAACACCUACGUCUACACGAAGGCCCUCACGGAGGACGUCGUACGGCAGUACGGUGAGCUUUUACCGAUCGCGGUCGUUCGUCCAUCGAUUGUGAUUGCAACCAACGAGGAACCGAUCGGCGGGUGGACUGAUAACAUCUACGGCCUGAACGGGGUGAUCGCCGGCAUCGCGCUGGGUAUUAUACGCAUCAUGCACGUAGACGACAACAACAAGGCGGACAUCAUACCGGCGGAUAUUGUGGUGAAUGCGGUGCUCGCUGCCGGCUGGCAAACCUACGUAGAACGUUUUAUCUAUCAUCACCUUAGGAAAAGCAAUCGGCCAUUGCCGGAAGCCAAAGCAAACGGGGAGCUCAAGGGUGUGGUUAAACCGCGCACCAAAAUUUACAACUGUGUCACCGGAAAUGACAAUCCCAUCUCUUAUCAAAAAAUCUACGAGUACUCGAUUGAGGUUGGUAAACACUGUCCGCCGAAGAAAUCGCUCUGGAUCGUGUGUCAUAAUACGACGACCAACAAGUAUUUGUACGAGUUCUACAAACUGAUCUACCAUCUGCUGCCGGCGCUGCUGAUUGACACCUACCUGCGAGUGAUCAGACGUACCCCAAGAGUUAUGGACCUUUAUCGAAAGGUGCACAAAUUCGCCACAGUUAUCGCUUACUUUGCCAACGGUCGAUGGACGUUUGAGAAUGACAAUAUGAGAUCUUUGCGAGAUAAAUUAUCCCCGGAUGAUCAGAUCAUGUUUCCCUGCAACAUACAGAAGAUCGAAUGGGCCGACUACUUCUGGACGUACAUUCACGGGCUGCGCAAGCACAUCGCCAACGAGCCGUUGGAGAACCUGGACGAAGCGAUCAAACGUCACAAGCAGAUGCGGAUAGUGCAUUUCUUCAUUCUGGCCGCGUACUACUCGUUGUGGGCUUUACUCAUAUACUACCUCUUCAAAGCGGUUGGAAUGUUGGUGUUCUAGUGCUCGUUCACUAUCCUAGGCGACAUCGUGUGUCAGGGCUAGCGCGUUUGUUUCGCAGAUUCGCAGACAACAGUGGACGACAUUUUGAAUGGCUUUACUAGGAGGGGUGGGGUAUUUAAAUGUUGGGCGAGCCAUUUUCAACUAGCGCAUGCACGUGUGUGGGUGGUGUGCACGUGCAACACUCCAAUGUCUGUGGUGUACAAAUCGAUGCGGUGUUAUUUGUUAAUGUUUUUACUCCUUUCGACCCUUCUUUCAUGAAGCAGACUGGGAGUUCAUUCACGAUUGACCUAACAUGGCAUCUAUCAGCGAUACUGUUCAAUGUAAUGUGUUUUAUUCUUAUCUUCGUGUACAUAGGAAGGAAUAGUUAGGUAAAUAAAGAGAUACAUCUUACGGUAUUCGGAAAACC